AACACUGCAAAAGCACUCUAAAUUAGGGGGGAAAUAAACAUUACCAUACAAACAAAAAAUAACUAUGUCUCUGAGUAACUCAUCAUCACUUAUUCUAAUAACUUUGAUAUUGGCCACAUCUGUCCUAGUCUCCGAGAGCCGGGUCGCAAGAAAAGACUUGGGUUUGGACCUUGGCGGGAUAGGUGCUGGUCUUGGUAUUGGUAUAGGCAUCGGUGGAGGAGGAUCCGGAUCCGGUGCUGGUGCCGGAUCUGGCUCUGGAGGAGGUGGGUCAAGCUCGUCUUCCUCAUCUAGCUCGAGCAGUUCUUCGAGCUCCGGUGGUGGUGGUGGUGAUGCGGGAUCCGAAGCAGGAUCAUACGCCGGAUCACGUGCCGGGUCUGGUUCGGGAGGACGUUCCGGGUCAGGCCGUGGAAAAGGAAAUGGAGGAGGAGGGGGUCACGGUGGAGGAGGAGGAGGAGGAGGGGGUACAGGUGGAGGAGGUGGAUCCGGUAACGGAGGAGGGUACGGUGAAGGCGGUGGAUAUGGUGGAGGAUACGGGGGUGGCGAAGACUGAACGAAGAAUAUCGCAUGCAUGCAAUAUUACAUCUGUUCAAUAUUGUGUUUUAUACGUAAUUAUAUUAUGUUAUUGGUAUGAAAAAAAUAAAGUGCUAGAAAAGUAAAUUUUCUAAAAGUGGGUGGGUAAAGGAGAUGGAAAAGGAUUCUUAUUAUGUGCUUGGUUAAAUUAUGUACUCUUCCUUCUUGGCGUUGUAGAUGUUUUACUUUUGUACUAUAAGUUGUAAUUUCCCAAUUUGAUAGUUGAAAAAAAUAAAUGUCACGUAUUUGGAUUUCCCA